AUGGGAUGGGAUGGUAUGAAUACGGACGGUGAGGUAUUGGAUGUGGGAUAUGAUAUGGGAUAUGAUAUGGGAUAUGAUAUGGGAUUGGAUAUGGAAUUGGUUAUGGAAUUGGUUAUGGAAUUGGAUAUGGAAUUGGAAUGGGAUGAACAGAAGAAAGGAAAAGGAAUCCUCUCGUCUCUCACGCACGCACGAAUCGAUGAGAAACUCACACUUCCCGGCACCUAG